AAUGAAUUCUGGACAAACGCACCUGAUCCCGAAAAAGACCGUGCUACACUUAAGAAUUUAUAUGAAGGAGGAAUGCUGAAUGUAUCGUCACAGAACUUAACUAUUAAGACAUUUUGGGACUGCUUUCGUGAUAGUUAUGAUGCCAAUUUUAGAGGAGCAGACGGUAAAGUGCGUAUACUAUCAAUAAUUGCAGAAAAAUUUACAUAUCAAGAAAUAAUGAAUGAAUUAACAGUAUCUCCUAAUACUAUUAAUGCGGCACGAAAAUUUUCUCGUAUUAAUGGGCCUGGGUGUGCUGCAUUAGAAAAGCCCACAAUUACUCGUUCAAAAAU